AAAAGGAAAUUAAUUAUCCGGUAAUCAAUCAACAGGAAAUGAAAUUUUCAAAAUGUAUAAACUUUGAUAAAAUUAUCCUUCAAAUAUGAGCAAUUUGUGUGAUUACUGGUGCUGGAGUGUUACUAAAGAACGAUACGUAAUUAUGAAAUUUCAUUUCAGAAACUUGUCUUGAAUGUUUACAGAUCUCUCAAUGAAUCUUAUCACAUCUUACUUCUUAUUCUUACUAUAUGAGCUGAAACUCUCCGAGUCCGAGCUUCUAAAUCCGAGAGAAAUGCAGAAAGUGCUCAACUUGACGAAUGUAACCAAUAAAGACGAACUAUCGAAAUGUGAAACUACCUGGAACGAGAAGUUAUAUCCGGAAAUACCUUACGUGUAUUUAUUCUGUAAUGCGAAUCUCGAACCCGUCAGGAAUAAACCGGAAGGGCCGUAUUGCUCUGGUUUUGACUGCUGGGAAAGUCAAUUGAGUCUGGUUUCUCGCGUUGAAAUCGUUCGCAUCAUGAAUCAAUAUCGAGAAAAAGUCAGCAAAGACAAAUGUAUUAAAUGGUGUAGGAAAAAUAAGAAAAAAAUUAUAUUCGAAUUGCGAUGGGAUCGUGCUAUAGAAGAUAAAGCUAUUGAUUUAAUUCAAAAAUGUCCUUCCACUAUGAAAAAUUCGACAACUUCCACUGUUACCGUGAGUGAUGGAAAAGAAGUUACUUCGAGAAUGGAUAUAUCGGCUACAUCGUUCAAGAUGGAAUUGGGAACGCAGAACGAGCUGAGAAUUAUUUUAUGGCAGCUAAUGUCAGGAAAUCAUUUGAAUGAUUGGGACGAAGGAUCAUCGCAGUUUAGAAGAAGCUUAAUGCACGACGUUGGCUGUGCAUUUGUAGUUCGACGUGGAGUGAAUUAUGAUACAGCUUUGGGUGAAAAUGUGAAAAAUGGAAUAGUUGGACAUAUCGUUUGCGUUUACCAAUCAUUCCUGCCAUCAGAACAACCUCCUGACUCCACAUCAGCAUCGUUGUCAAGUUGCAAAUCAUUGUCUGGAUAUGUGCAAGUCGACUUUGACGAAUAUAACUAUUUUCCAAAUCUAUGCAGAAUGGAUCCACAGAUUGAUGCUACUGUUUUGGACAAUUCUGCUCAUUCUUGCGCACACGGUCCUAAAAAUAUUAAGAAUUUGUGCCCAUCGUCAAAUUAUUCUGCUGACACUUGGGAUGAAAAAUUUUAUGGUUUGAUAAUAAAACUUGUAAAUCCAUCCGAAUUAGAAGUGACAGUCGACUGUAAUGUACCUCACGAUAUACCUCAGUUUGAAAAACAAGGAGAUAACGUCUACAAUUAUUUUUGCACUUUGAAGGAGAAAGUGUUGAUUCGACCAGAUAAUACUUCAGAAUGUGCUGGCUGGGAUUGCGAAGAGAGUCAUCUAACCGAUAUUACCAGAAUUAAAAUUCUAAAGCAAUUAAACAAAGCUCGGAAUUUAGUUGCUAGUGGCCAGUGCUCGAACGAAUGUCUUCCCCCCUGUAAAUACUGCAACAAAUCUAUUCAUUAUUGUAAUAUGGCGAAAUUGCAGUGGCACUGGUUUUUGGAACAAAAAGCUGCUCAACUUGUACGCAAUUGUUCUAUGUAUUAUGAAAUUAAGACAGAUAAAAAAAAAAUCAUUUAUGAAGAUAAUCCUUUUCCUGAUCCUGUUGCUUUUGAAGAGAUUACUAUGGUUUUUGAGGCACCACCAUCACGCGGAGGUCAGAUAGCAAUUGACGAGAGAUUUGCUGGGUUUUUUUGGACGAAUAAGACAAAAGAUUGGUCCGACGAUAACCAAUUCAGACGUGGAAACGCAGCAUUUUUUGGCUGUUCAGUGAUCGUUAGACCUAAUACGGGAAGCCUUACUACCGAAACUAACGGUAGUAAAGUUAAACGCACCAAAUUCCAUAUGGUUUGCAUUUACGCAGCAUUGCAAGAAAAAUUCACCUCUGUAACCGAUGAUCAAAAUAAAGAUCCAGUCUGUUGUCCUAGUUGCUCAGGGCCUGAGUACGAAACCAGGCCUUGUCCUGUUCGCUACCAAACUAGCAUAGAUCCUUAUCCGGCUUUAUGCACUUCAAUUGCUCUUGAAAACACUAUGAGUUGUCAAGAUAGAUCUUAUUGCAAAGAUCAAGGGCAUUCAAAAGCCUGGUUAGAAAAGUACGACGGAAUGACAAUUUACCAGAAAGUUGAUGGCUCAUUCGAACGACUAAUUCCUAAACAGACGGCGUUUUCCUUUUCCGAAAGAAAACGCGAAAUUUUCAUCAUCAUAUUAUUAUUCUUGCUACUGUUAUUGCUUUUAUGUUGCUUGUUAACUGCAUGCUCGGUUUAUGUUUAUCGCUGGAGAAUGAGGAAACGCCGUGAAAAGAUAUCAAGUGAUAAGCCAGUUGCUUCGAAAUCAGCUCAACCAUUAUUUAAAGAUAUCCCGACAACACAACCUACUCGACCUUCUGCCAAAACUCCAGCUACUUCUACGCAGAAACCGAUUACGUUUGAGACAACAAUACCGACUCGAGCUACUGAAACUACACCGAUUGCAACUACUCAGAGCUCUGAGGUGGAGGAUGAGGAUGAGGAUGAUUAUACUGAAACCACAACUACAACACGAAAACCAAAAACACGACUGGUGCCUCAGUUUAUUAGAAAAGUUCCAAAACAUCGAGCUCAUUUGUAUCAGUAGUAUCGUUAACGAGUUACGAUCAUCUUUGGAAAAAUAUGAGAAACUCGGUUUGGGAAGUUGAACGAGUCGAGUUUGAUUGCAAUUUCGAAAACAGCUUGAGUGAAAAUACUGAUCUGUUUGUAUUGUUGAAUGUACUUAUGUACUUAUCUACUUACAUAUAUCCGAAUAUAUUUAUGGUGCUGAAAAGAUUAG